AUGCGUUGGAAGCUUGGUUCACUUAUGGUUUAUGACAACUUAUAUUUGCUUGACACUGUUGCUUCUUAUAAUGAAACCUUGAAUGUAGAAUCACGUGGUACUAAGCGUAAAAUGGAUUAUGAAAAAUCAAGUUCCUUAUGGCACAAACGGUUAGGUCACAUCUCUAGAAAUAGAGUUCAGCGACUUGUAUCUGAUGGAAUUUUAGAUUCAAUUGAUUUUUCAGACUUUGAUGUUUGUAUUGAAUGCAUCAAAGGCAAACAGACCAAAACAAAGAAAUUGGGUGCGAAAAGAGCUACCGAUGUCUUAGAGUUGAUACAUACAGAUAUUUGUGGGCCAUUUCCUACACCUUCUUGGGAAUGGUCAACGAUAUUUUGUAUCAUUCAUAGAUGA